AUGCCUCGGUGGCGGGACCAUGCUUCCGAAUAUUACGACACGAGCUACCCAGUCAUCGACGACUCGGAGCUCGCGCAAGAUGAGCAAACAUUCUCCGCCCAAACAAAGCAGAUGCGCUUCUAUGUGUCAAGUGGACAGGUAACCUUAGUGAACAAGCGGCCAAAACUUCGCUGGGCGAUCACAUCCGCGAUCAAAGCGCCCUUGUCUGAUGCGACGACCAUCAUCGGCACUGCCGAUGGGUGCAUGCUCUCGUUCACGAACGAGUACGAGUAUGUCUGCGGAGACGCGCACAUGAGCCUUGUUGCUGGCCUCAGCGCAUUCCCCUCGGGUAUGGUGCACUCCGUCGGCUUUGACGACCGUCUGCGCACAGUUGAUGGCCAGGCCUACACGCCUUCAUUGUUCUCGACCGCCGCCCAGCUCAAGGCGGGCGUCGCGGUCAACGGCAACUCGACGGUGUUCGUUGUGGAAGUGGAGAGCGUUGAAGCCGUGCCGUCGAACCAGAAGGUGUUUGACCUCCCUCUCAAAUACUCCCCAAGUGCGAUCGCUGCGUCCAGCUUGCUCGUCGCCGUUGGCGGAGAGAUCAUCAAACAAGCAGCCAAGUCUAAUAAUAUCAACAUCUUUGCCCCCUCUGCAUCUAUUUCCGCCACACUCUCCAUCGCGACCCUCCCCCACACUCCAUAUCCACAACCGUCUCUGGUCCCUCAUCUACCGCAGCAUCAACAAACGGAAACGAUCAUGGUCAGGUGA